UUAGAGGAUUGCACUAGUUGCACUUGAUCUACAUGAGUCAGCUGCUAACCCGUGUUGUUUCCGUCAACGGACGACGGUCGACGUUCAAUUGUCUUCUACGAGGCUUUCACGUAUCAUCGCAAAAAAUGGUUAUUGCCGUUGGAGAUAAACUACCUAGCGUAGAUCUAUUUGAGAACACACCGUCAGAGAAAGUGAAUUUAGCACAGGUUGCAGCUCAGAAAAAAGUCAUAGUGUUUGGUGUACCAGGUGCAUUUACACCUGGUUGCUCAAAGACUCAUUUGCCAGGCUAUAUUACGAAGGCGGAUGAAUUAAAGUCUAAGGGAAUUUCAGAAAUUUUCUGUGUCAGUGUUAAUGAUCCAUUUGUUAUGGCAGCCUGGGGUAAAGAGCAUAAUGCAACAGGAAAAGUACGAAUGUUGGCCGAUCCUAAAGGAGAGUUUACAGAUGCUAUGGAUCUUAGUGUAGAUCUAUCAGUUUUGGGAGGUAAACGCAGCAAACGUUAUUCUAUGGUUAUUGAAAAUGGAACUGUAAAAGAACUCAAUAUUGAACCAGAUAAUACUGGUCUAUCCUGCUCUUUAGCAGAUCGCCUCAAAGUUUAAGCAGGCUGUCUUGAUAUAUUUUUCAUAUGAUGUUUUCAGCAUGUAUUAUUCAUAUGUAUACUUUUAUUUCUCGAUCUUAAUGAUUCAACUUUUAAAAUAUAAAAUUGUAAUAUGUUCUUUAUAGUUAUUUAAAAAAUCUUUAUAUAACAAAUACUUCUCUAUCCAUAUGUGUUUCUACAAUUUAUUUUUUAAAUUAUAAUAAUUUAAUAAUAUUAUUCGAUAAUUUAUCUUGCGAAGAUUUCAAGAAAUUUUUCAAAAAGAACUAUACUUAUCUGAAUAAAAUAAUGUGAAUUAAUUUGGACAUUUCUUUAGUCGAUAAAAAUAAAUUUAUAUUUUAAUCAAUAAAAACUUUACACUCUCGAAUUUAUAGAAAUUAAAAUAUAAAUUUAAAAAUAAAAAUUAGAAAUUAAACUUGAUAAAAUAUUUUUCUUGAUACUUUUGUUUCUUGUUUUCAAAAAUCAAGUUGAUAGGAAAGUUAUUUUUAUCGAUCAAAAACGUUCAAAUUACUAAUUAGUUCAUAUUUCUUAGAAGUAAAUUUUUAGAUAUUAGAAAUACUAUUCCAACUUUUAACAAAGAAGUUUGUUAAACCUGAUUAUAGUUUGUAUUCAUUGAAAAAAUAUACUAUUAGAUCUAU